UUCCUUGCUUGUUUCCAACUGUCAAAAUUGUAAAAAUCUCAAUAGGUGUUUGUGUAAGCGUGUGGAGAGCGAAGGAUUUUGCUGUGAAAUUUUGUCGUUUUAAGAGACAGAGACCACUACCAAAGGAGAAAAAUGCGUCUAACAAAUAUCCUCAAUGGCCAACAUUUUGGUAACCUUGCCAAGGUCCAUGGCAUUGUCACGUACAAACUUUCCCCCUUUGAGCAACGCGCCUUUGCUGGUGCCAUCUCGCAUGGUCUCCCCAACAUUUUCCGCCGUGUCCGCUCCAACAUCUUUACCGUAGCACCACCUUUCAUUGUUGGAUAUUUGGUCUACAACAUGGUUGAAGCUGAGCAUCAUCAUUUAAGCCGCAAAAAUCCAGCUGAUUUCGCCAAUGAUGAAUAAACAGUUCAUUAUGCGUAUUUUCGCUAGUAUAAUUCUGUAAUAAACUACCAUUUUAAAAACGAUGUCGUGACAAGAUGAGAUAGGUCAAUAAAUCCUUGGAAAAUAUAAA